AUGGGAAAACAGAACAGCAAGCUGCGACCUGAGGUCCUGAACGACCUGCGAGAAAACACAGAGUUCACCGACCACGAGCUGCAGGAGUGGUACCGCGGCUUCCUGAAGGACUGUCCCACCGGCCACCUCACCGUGGAGGAGUUCAAGAAGAUAUAUGCCAACUUCUUCCCCUACGGAGACGCCUCCAAGUUUGCUGAGCACGUCUUCCGCACGUUCGACACUAACGGCGACGCCACCAUUGACUUCAGGGAGUUCAUCAUAGCGCUGAGCGUGACGUCUCGUGGCGGGCUGGAACAGAAGCUGCGCUGGGCCUUCAGCAUGUACGACCUGGACGGGAACGGGUACAUCAGCCGGGCAGAGAUGCUGGAGAUAGUGCAGGCAAUUUACAAGAUGGUGUCAUCAGUGAUGAAGAUGCCUGAGGAUGAGUCAACACCAGAGAAAAGGACAGAUAAGAUCUUCAGACAAAUGGACAUUGACAAUGAUGGUAGACUGUCUUUGGAGGAGUUCAUUAAAGGUGCCAAGAGUGACCCGUCCAUCGUCAGACUGCUGCAGUCGGAUCAGGGGGCUUCUCGUUAGUUCUGAUGCCACUGACAGGCUCAAAACAACAAAUAAGCAUGCAACGUCAAUCCAGCUUUAUAUCGUUUCAGUAGAAGCAGCCCACUCAACGCAACACCCACUUAACACUCCAUGUUUACAGCGAUGUAUGCAUCUCUUACUGUUGUGGCUCCUUCUCUCUGGACUAUGAUGAGCUUAUCAGUACAAGUAUUCUGUGUUCGUGCUUUUCCAAAACUCUUUCAACCUGGAAUAUUUUCCACGUGCCAUAUUAAAAUAUUUAUGUUAAAUAGAAUAUAAGAUUGUAUUAGGACUGUCAUGUUACACCAAGAAACCAAUUAACUUCAAUUCUGAUUGAACUUGGCUGCUGAAAUGUUGCUUCUUGUUGUUCAGCUAUCAACAGUAGCUAAAAAGCUGUUUCCAACAAGCUGUGUAUGCCUUUGGUAUUGCAUGAACUCAGUGAUGUGUGAUUUCUGGUCGUGCUUUUGUGAAUAAGGAGGCCGUGACAGUUUUUAUUCCUUUUUAUUUUUGUAACAAAAAAAAGUCAUUUUGUUUUCACACAGUUGAAAUAAAAGUCGUGUAAGAAAAAUCUACACAAGUCGUCCUGCAGUAGUCCCCCUGUCCUGGACAGACAUGAUGCAAACCCCCCGAGAUUUCACGGUUUCAAAUUAGAAAAAACACUUUUUUAAAUCACAUCUGGUUGACGUGUUACUUUCACAAGUCCACAUUAUAAAACAGGUGCCUGAAGGCAGCUGAGGAGGGGAGAGGGAACAAUGUUUGAAGGGGAAAAAAGGAUUGAUUGAAUGAUGUGACAUUCAGAGCCUCCUCCC